GGUGGUAUGAAGCUUAUUGAUAAGAUGGCAAGUUGCAGUGUUACUCUGGAGCAAAACCAUCCAAGAAGCCCUUGCAUUAUAAUCUCAAAAGCAUCAAACAAGCCAUCUUCUCCUCUGCAUCACAUCUGUGAGCAGCCUCAUUUUGUUCCGCCCGAUGAGAGUAGGAGAGAGACGAUAGAAACCAUGGUUUGUCAGAAGACAGAAUCCGAUCAGCUUCUUGAUACAAUCCCGGAAGAAACUACUGAGCUAUCCCCAGCCAGGGAAGGGAAUGAUAACCAGAGUCUUGUCACCUCAGAGGCUGUCGUUUGUACUAAAACAGAAUCAGAUCACCUUCUUGAACCACUACCAGAAGGUAUUGCAGAUGUAAGUCAUCUUUUCCUUCACUUUCUUUACUGGCAGGGCUGGCUGGCUGGAGCAGCCGAGUUUUGCAUUUUAAGUGGCCUCCUCAGGCCGCCGAUGAUUGGGUCGUAA